AUGGCGCUUCCGCCCACUCUUGACGACGAGAACUUGUACAAAUUUCGGACAAAAAUAUGCGAGCGCUAUGUAAAACAAGGCCGGUGCGAGUUCGCGGACAAGUGUCAGUAUAGCCACGACUUAAGAUGGACUCGGCGUCCUCCUUGGAAAUACAAUUAUUGUCCCGAGCUGUGUCACGAUCUGCAAUUUGUUAAAGAUGGAAGAGGUCGAACCAUUGCAAAGUCGACCUGCAAACAGAAACGCAACUGCAAGUUUGCGCAUACAAAGGAGGAGCAGGUGUACCAUCCGAAAAUGUAUAAAACGAUCAUGUGCAAUCAAUUCCAGAACAACGCUUGGUGCGAUCGGUACUAUUGUCCCUUUGCUCACACGCUAAGCGAACUCCGACCGGCUGAUUUAUUUGACAAGCCGUCCAAGGUGUUCGGCACUUACGAGGAUCAAGAUGCUCUUUGCCCCGACAUAUACUUGCCUUCAGAUAAGCCACACCCUCGCCUGAGGGCACGCUUCCUCUCUAUCAUGGACUCUGUCGGUCCGGGGAACUCGCACCACUCCGCAUCAAACGCGGAAUCACUAGGCAAUUCAAACCGCACGAGGCAUCCAUACACCGACUUCAUAUCUUCACAUACGCCCCAGUCCGUUCUUUCAGAGAGUAAUUCUCCAUCUAAAGGCGUGCGUGGCGACGAAGGUACCCCUCGUUCCAGGCAGGCAGUGCCCCAGGUGGCGAAGAACCAAGCACGAGCCGAGAAGCAAGAUCUGCAGAGCCUCAAACAUUCUGGAAAAAAUUUUUCUACGCCUGGACAGGCGAUCAAACGCCAUGAAGACAGAGUUCAGGGACACGUGGAUCCGAGCAUCUCCCACGACUGUGAGAUCUCUGGCUCUGCUCGGAAACACGGGGAGCCUCUCCUUGGGUCGCCCCCACUGAAAAACACAAGUCACCGAGUUGGGCCAAGAGACGGUAACGGCCUAGGACUUGUACAGAACGGAGGAAGCAUUUUAGGGAAUCCUGCAAGACAAAUAUCACAGAGGUCAAGUCAGGGAACCACCGGAGGCGGAAUGCAGCUUCCGUUAUCUCCACGCGCGUACGCAGGCAAACAAUCGGGUCCCGCUGCUCAAUUGAAUAGCGCGGCGACUGAACGAGAAGACCAGACAGGUGGUGGCUGCCACAGCUUGCUACAUGCAGAAAAAUUUCCAAUCCUCCCGACAUCCCCUUUGAGCACGAUUAGCGACGUUACCCGAAGCCCAACUGCAGCAACGCCGUACGUUAUCUCAUCAGUUCUUCAUCCGCAUGGGGUCAUAGGGGGAAGCCAAACCUCAGUGCCACAACAAAGAUCCCAAGACGGCCAGAAACCCUGCAGUGCAGCCGAGAACAAACUCGGCAUUCCGCCUGGGUUCGUGCCACAAACUACCAUUCCCGGAAAGGACAGCUACCGUCCCGUCGUCGUCCCGCCGGCGCGGGGGGUAACCCAGAGCGGAGGAAAACCUAUGGAUCAUGACGGGCAAAACUUUAGGCACGAGAAGAUGCCACCGGGUAAUGCUCAAAGCAUGCUGAGUUGUCUAGACCGGAUUUCGGCCAGAGAUGAAGUGUCUCCUCAAUCAGGUAGUGGGAACGGAGCGCCCCGACAGCACGCGUCUCCCGGGCCAAUAACAAACAGCAAAACACCAGAGUUCUUCUUAUCAAGCAAGCAUGGCCAGUCUGGUGCCCUUAAACAACUGGCAGAAGACAUUUUCUACUGGAGUGAGCCUAUUGGUCAAAGCAGGGACGACCCUAGUGUCUUGGUGUACGCCGGAGUCCUUCUCGGUCCAAAUAACCAGGCGCGGGAGACGGUCGCAAUCAAACAAGUUCCGGUUGUCGUUACUAACCGCGUUCGGGAUUCAUUUCUGGAGUUGGAGCAGUUUGUGCACGUCAACGAUCCACUCAUUGUCAAUACCAAGCGGGUAUACUGCGUGCAGAACGACGAUGACGAGGGCAUGUCCAUGAUGCUUGUCAUGGAAAAAUGUGAGGGCUGCCUAUCCGACAUGAUAGCGCUAAGCGAUCUAGGUGAACGUUGCCUUCAAGAGCCACUUCCUCCCCAGGGAAUGACUGAAAUGCUUUCCCACCUUUUGUCAGGCGUCUUGAAGAUCCAGCAGCACGGGCAUUCUGCGCAUACGCGCAUUCACCCGGGUAACAUUAUGCUGACUGAGAACUUCGAACUUAAAGUUGGAGACUGCGCUGGGAAAAUCCGGUACCUUAGCAUCUUUGACCUGCUUCAGGCGGGCGUCCAGGGGGCGAAGAACGCGAGGGAGCUCGUGCACUGGCGUACGCUUGCUUGGUAUUUUGUUGCGUUCCGCCCUUCGCUGAUUCUCAACUCCCCGCAAGAAGCCGCGUGGCUUGCGCCUGAGCUCAUCCGAUCGCUCAUACAUAUGGCACAACAAAUCAGUAUUCUAAUUGAUCAAUAUGAGGCGCUGCCUCCGGAUGGUCGCGACGGUGCUUGCUUUGUCAUGCUAGCGAAUAACAUGAAGUGGUCUCCCCGUUUCCUGCAGAGAGCGGACGCGUGGUCCACAGGCGCUACUCUAUUUUACAUUGUCAGCGGUGGCCUGCAUCCAUACGGCGACAUCAGCGACAGGUCAAUAAUAACACACAUUCUCGAGGACAGGAAGAUCCAUCUCGAAAGGAUACGCGAGUCUCCUCUGCUGUACGACCUGAUCGAAGGGCUUCUGGAGGCAAACCCCGAAAAAAGGACAAGCCUUUCGCAAGCACUUUGCCAUGCGGCAUUCUGGAAGAUGGGGGAAACUGAACACUUCCUGAAGGAAUUCCAAACAGCAGUUGAAAUGAACCCGGAAUCAUACAUGGUGCUCGCUCUGUCGGACCCCAUCUCUUGGAUAUCGUCGUUGGCCUCCGCCGCCUCUCCGCUGUUCUCUUUGCUGGUAUCUUAUCUCACAUCUCCAUCGUGCCUCAGUCUUCUCAUUUCAUCCCUCCGCGUUGAGAACAGUGUAUCCUUCUUGUUGUUUUUGGCCCUGCUAUCCGCUGAUGCGCGCCUGCCUGUGCAAGAACGCCGAGCUCUAGUCUCUUCUGCAAUCUUGCUUCAUCCAUCGGCGUUCCUCAAAGCUGUCAGACUCCUGUUGUUUCCUCGAAUCCCCCAAAAUCCAUCAGAUUUCGUGAUAUCCCGAAAUUCAACGUACGUCAAGCAGUACCUCGGGGACAGGAGCACAGCACCACAACAGGACAGAAUCCGGGCACCGGCCUGUUGUAUCCUACCUGGAACAUCGCCCUCUCAGCCCGUGCCUGAGGAGUUGAAGCACGCAAUAAGAAAACAGGUUCCGCAGAGCCACACGGGACUGCUCGGGGCACCCCCGCAAACUUCGUCCUGCCCCUCUCCACCUGUGCCUGUCACAAGUUACCCCGCCAUGCUGCCGGCUUUGCUGGCGCCGCUCACAUUUACAGAAGGGUCUUGUGGGUACUCGAAGGGCCCAGUGUCCAGUCUUCCUCAGGCUGUCGAAUGCCAAAGGCCUCCACCUCCACCUCCUGUUCCCUCACACGUACUGUCCAAUCCUCUAUUGCAGUACGCGGCAACUUCACGGUGCACGGGGCUCACCGCUCCCUCGAGUCGGCCCAACAAUCGUUUGUGUGAUUUUCCACCAGACGUCCAUGCAGCGGGCGAGCCUCCAACACAGACAUGUGUUUCGUCAAAAAGGCUGCUGCCCCCUAUGAUUCCCCAAGUGCAGGCUUUAAUGAGAGCAGCGAGAGCAAUGCGUCCGGAUGACCUCGCUAGAGCGCAAAUGAGACAAACCGGUGACAUGGCGGCUGCGGCGCCCGUCAAGCCUAGCGUCGAGCAGUGCCCGCCACAGCGGAUGGAGACGCUGGAUGUCUGUGACAGAGGUGUCAGUGAUCCGUUUGCAGUCAGAGCAGAGGGCAUAUCGUGUUCAGUAAGGCGCGGUACUGGGCCCAUGGUGGUGAACGAGCAGGCUACUGACGUGCAAUCGCCGCGGGGUGAGCCAGCUUCUUUUCAGAGGUACCGCAUUCGCGAAACGAUAUCGGAUUCUGCUAUCGCCGGCCUCGACUGGCGACCGACUGCUCUGAGAAGUAGAGGACAGGAGGGGCAUGAGCCAGCCCUGACUGAGGGAAACAGAAUACACCACGUGUUGCCGGAAGGCACCCACAAUGGCAAGAACCGUGUGUGGUCAACAGAUGCUUCGCAGGGCAAAAUGAACCUGAUCUUAACGUGUCCGGCAUCUUUGUAUCAAAACUGCGAGAAUCAACAGGCUGCCCAAGUGAAACCAGUUGCUGGCAGUGUGCAGGCUGCUGGCCCCGCUGAGCACCUUACCAGUACGUCAGAACAACUCAACGAAGGGGAGUGCCAUGAGCGGAUGACGGCGUGGGAUAGAGCAAAUUCUGAAUCACAUCACGACUUCCAACAUAUUCUCAAAAACACAGCGGGCAGCGAUACGCACCCGCAAGAAGCCUUCUCUUGCCGCUUGAAGCGCUUCGAUGAAGUGUCGAGCAACGAAGAGUUGCAGAGGACCCCUGAGAUGGAGGCUCCGCAGAUGGGACUCUCUAGCGACUCUCACUUACCGAAGGGAGACGCGACAGCGGUCGCGCUUUCCUCAUCACCAGAUGGGUCUUCACCCAGUCCGAAUCCAUGCAUGGUUCAGUAA